CUCUCGGCGGGCUCCUGUGGCGGCGGGCGGCGCUACGAGGCCUGGGCCUGCGGACUCCAUCGACCCCGCUGUUGCCGACGAUGGCCGUCCCGGAAACCCGCCCCAAUCACACCAUCUACAUUAACAACCUCAAUGAGAAGAUCAAGAAGGAUGAGCUGAAGAAAUCCCUCUACGCCAUCUUCUCCCAGUUCGGCCAGAUCCUGGAUAUCCUGGUGUCCCGGAGCCUGAAGAUGAGGGGACAAGCCUUUGUCAUCUUCAAGGAGAUCAGCAGCGCCACGAACGCCUUGAGGUCCAUGCAGGGGUUCCCCUUCUAUGACAAGCCGAUGAGGAUCCAGUACGCCAAGUCGGACUCCGACAUCAUCUCAAAAAUGAAAGGCACCUACGUGGAGCGGGACCGCAAGCGGGAGAAGAGGAAGCCCAAAGGUCCGGAGACGCCCGUGGUCAAGAAACAGAUACCUGGGGCAGCAGCGCCGGUGGCAGCCGCGGUGCAAGGAGCUGUCCCCGGAAUGCCGCCGAUGAACCAGGCCCCCCGCAUGAUGCACCACAUGCCCGGCCAGCCUCCGUACAUGCCCCCUCCGGGUAUGAUCCCCCCACCCGGCAUGACUCCGGGAGGACUCGCGCCGGGGACCAUGCCCCCUCAGCAGAUGAUGCCUGGCCAGAUGCCGCCUACCCAGCAGCUCUCGGAGAACCCACCCAAUCACAUCCUCUUCCUCACCAACCUGCCCGAGGAGACCAACGAGCUGAUGCUGUCCAUGCUCUUCAAUCAGUUCCCGGGGUUCAAGGAGGUGCGCCUGGUGCCCGGGCGGCACGACAUCGCUUUCGUGGAGUUUGAUAACGAGGUGCAGGCCGGAGCCGCCCGUGACGCCCUCCAGGGCUUCAAGAUCACACAGAGCAACGCCAUGAAGAUUUCCUUUGCCAAGAAGUGAAGCGCG